CAUAACCGUCAACCGCCCAACAUGUCAGGAGACUGUUGCGCUAGAUCAGAGAUUGGUGACUGGAGCCGGACAUCGGUUCAGGUAUAAAUACCAUAUCUGCCCAAGAAACAUCAUCAGUGUUCACUUGCAUCACAUUCAACAAUCAUCAUGAAGACCUUCUUUGCUUUGGCUACCAUCUUGGCUUGCGCCAACGCCGGUAUUAUCCUCAACGGUGCCCUCCCCUAUACCCAAACCGGUCAAGUUGCUGGACCCGUCCAUGCCGCUUUCGGCGAUUUGGCCGCUACCAAGCGCGGACUCCGCCCCGUCAGCCUCGAGGGAUUCUCCGAGGACGACAACAUGGAUGGUUUCGUUGACCCCAUCGGCCAAGCCGUCCCUUAUGCCGCUCCCAUUGCCACCCCCAUCGCCGCCCCCCUCGCCGCUCCCCUUAUCCAUCAACAACCCUUGGUGAGCACUUUGGGCUAUGCCGGUGCCCCCGUCUUGGCCGCCCGUCCCGCUGUGACCUUCGCCCAACAAGCUUUGGUGUCCCCCUUGGGCUACGCCGCCGCUGCCCCCGCCAUCAUAGCCUAAGAGGCUAAGAAGCAAACGCAUUGAAGGACCUUCAUGGUGCCGUGGAUCAGGAAGUUCUCGUUUCUCUGGAAAUCUGAAGUCCUCUCGAGUUCCAUGAUACUGUCCUCCACUGAACAUCUGGACACAAAUGCUACUGAUAAAUUUCAUAAAACAGUACAAAACACCAAAAAAUGUGAGCAAGUGAGCACUGCUAAACGAACCGUUGCUCAAUAAAAAUAAAAAAAUCUAAUCUAAAAA